AUGGUUCAAUCUGAGGAAGUACGAAAAGGACCAUGGACAGAACAAGAAGACUUCAAAUUGGUGUCUUUUGUUGGAUUAUUUGGAGACAGAAGAUGGGACUUUAUUGCUAAGGUAUCAGGUUUGAAUAGAACUGGUAAGAGUUGUAGGUUAAGAUGGGUUAACUAUCUUCAUCCUGGUCUCAAACGUGGUAAAAUGACUCCUCAUGAAGAACGUCUUGUCCUUGAACUUCAAUCCAAAUGGGGAAAUAGGUGGUCGAGAAUUGCUCGAAAGUUACCUGGACGAACGGAUAAUGAGAUAAAGAAUUACUGGAGAACUCACAUGAGGAAGAAAGCUCAGGACAAAAAGAGAAACUCGUCAGCUCCAUCUAUAGAACAUCAUGUUUCAAAAGAUGCAGAAGAAACAAGCUUUUAUGACACAGGAGGAUCAACACAAGUUAAACAGCAUGAACAAGAAGAGAUUUCAAUGGAUGAUAUAUGGAAAGACAUUGAUAUAUCAGAAGAGAAUAGUGUUCUUCAGAAUGAAGAAUUUUGCAAUGAUAAUGCUAAUAAUAAAAAUAACAUAUCAUGGGAGUAUAAUUCCUCAAACUCACUAUGGGUGAUGGAUGAAGAAAGUGUGUUAUUCCCAAAGAGUGAUGACCCUUAUUUUUCUCACUAUGCUAAUUACUAA